GCCUUGCUCUGGAGGGGCAGACAAAGGGUAAAAUCUGGGCAGAGAACGAUAUGAGAACGAAAGAAAUCAGCGCUGCAAAACUCUUGUAAAAGAUGAUUUCUCCUUUCUUUCCAUGGCUGAGUAAAGUGGGGCACAGAGAAAGUACAGACUAGCUGAAAUACAGACACCAAGUGAGUGACAGAUGCAGGACUGGAAGAUCCAACAGAGUUUGAAACAAUGUACACUGCGCGUCAGUCCCAACGCCAGCUUGUUCCAGCUCUUCCUGAGCGCUAGGCCCUUCUAGCCUCACGCUGAUCUCAGAGACAGACCCUGCAGCGCAACUGGCACAAACAGUGACGAUAGCCCUGCGGCAAGGCAGGAGUGUCCUCCUCCGUGAGUUAAGAUUGGAAGAGACAGAGGCAGAGGUGGAGGCGGGGGCAAAAGAGAAUUCGGAGGAGGAGGACCAAGACAGAACUAUCUGUUUCUGGCUUCGCUGCCAGUUUUCAUUCAGACUUUCCGAAAAGAGCUGGAGAAACCUAAGGAUUCAGAAGAGGUUCUUUGAGCCAGAUGAAGCGUUAGUUCUGCUAUUCUCAGCAUGGAUAAACCCUUUCCUCAAGGAUUUUCUGAUGUGCCCUGAGGUCCAUGUAACUACAAGGGCUCCUCUCUAUCACCAUAAGUGCCACUCUGACCCAAAACCACUCAGCGCUCAAAAAUCAAGGCAAAAUGGAUGCCACAGUGAUAGAUGAUUUCCAACAAAUUCUGCCUAUUGAACAGCUGCGCUCUACUCAUGCUAGCAAUGAUUAUGUGGAACGGCCUCCAGCCCCCUGUAAACCGGCCCUCUCUAGUCCUUCCCUUAUUGUGCAAACCCACAAAUCUGAUUGGUCCCUGGCUACCAUGCCUACUGCUCUCCCCCGCAGUCUCAGCCAGUGCCAUCAAUUGCAGCCCUUGCCUCAGCAUCUGAGCCAAUCUAGCAUUGCCAGCUCCAUGUCCCAUAGCACCACUGCCUCUGAUCAAAGGCUCUUGGCCAGCAUUACGCCAUCACCUUCAGGCCAGUCCAUCAUCCGAACCCAGCCUGGAGCAGGGGCCCACUCAAAGGCUGAUGGUGCUCUGAAGGGAGAAGCUGAGCAAUCUGCAGGGCACUCCAGUGAGCACCUCUUCAUCUGCGAGGAGUGUGGGCGCUGCAAGUGUGUCCCCUGCACAGCAGCUCGCCCUCUCCCCUCCUGCUGGCUCUGCAACCAGCGUUGCCUUUGCUCUGCUGAGAGCCUCCUCGAUUAUGGCACUUGCCUCUGCUGUGUCAAGGGCCUCUUCUACCACUGCUCCACCGAUGAUGAAGACAACUGCGCUGAUGAGCCUUGCUCCUGUGGGCCUAGCUCUUGCUUCGUCCGCUGGGCAGCCAUGAGCCUGAUCUCCCUCUUCUUACCCUGCCUGUGCUGCUACCUGCCUACCCGUGGAUGCCUCUAUCUGUGCCAGAAGGGCUAUGAUAGCCUCCGGCGACCAGGCUGCCGCUGUAAGAGGCACACCAACACUGUGUGCAGAAAAAUCUCUACUGGUAGUGCACCCUUCCCCAAGGCCCAGGAAAAGUCUGUAUGACCUUCCCACAAGAUGGAUCCAGAGCUUUCUCCUUCUGCUCCCCACCAGUAAAGAAAGCAUUGGCCUCAUCUUUGGAGAGGGGGAGGAGUGAUAAAUGAGCCAAAGUUAGGGCCUCACCUCUUUUGUUCCUGCAGCGUCAGGGGAAUGGCAAAGUACAUCUGGGUGCAGGAUGCCUUGUUCUUUUUCACAGUAUCUAUUCCAUUCCUCUUCCACCUUUUUACCCCACCAGCUCAGCCCUUAUGGCUGUCCUGGCAAAUUCAGGUGAUACUGUGUAUGGGCAUGAGGUUUGGACACUGAGGACUGACAGAGCCAGCAAUGUGGAGGUUUAGUGCAAUGCCUCUCAGUGCGGGCUCUGAUUGUCACUCUGCUUUCCACGGCGCCUUUGGAAGCUUUCUUCUAAGACAGCUUUCACAGGUACAUGUGGAACAGUGUUCAGCCUUCCAGGGAAUAUGAAUAUGACCUCCUCUCCCUGUUUACUCCUCUUCUUUUCGCUAUUCCUUUUGUCUUUUUCUCUCUCUUUCUCUUCUUUUGUUAUCCUGUUCUAUUUUCCUUCCCUCUUCAUUCUCAGCUUCUCUAUUUUUACUUUUACUCUUUUCUCUCUUCUUUCCUUUCUACUCUUCCUUGUCUUUUAGAUUAAUCCUCUCUUUGCCUGUGUUUUUAUCUUUUGAUCUAUAUUUGUGUCUCUCUACUUGUCCUUUCUCUCUAACAUGUCCAAAAGUGCUGUUUUUUCCAUAGGUGUUUCCUUAGAUGCCAAACUUUGCUAUGCUAUACUAUUUUCUAAUUUUUAUUAAGGGAAAUGGAUUACCGUAACUGACUGAUCACUAGCAAUAGUCUGUAUCCCGAUAUGUGUGUGUGCAUUCACGACCACACUUCCCUGUAUGUGAGCAUAUGAGGUUGAGUUACCUUACAUUUCCAGAUUUAAUUAGUUGGAAUUUUUCUCUUUCCCAAUAAUCAACAUAUAGUACUGACAGAUUCCACUAGCAUGCUGAGUAGGAUAGUAAAUCAGGAUGCUCAUAACUUUGUAUGUCUGACCCAAGUGCCAAAGGCAGACGUGCUUUAUAGCUAAAUGAACAAAGCGAAGGAUAUUCCAGAGGUAUGUUCUCUCUUAGAAGCUAACUGCCCUGAGACUGCAUGGCUCAGGGUUUAAUAAUGGACAUAAAAAGUCAUAAAACUUUAGAGCUGGAAGGAAUCUUAACUGUUAAUCUAGUUCAUUGUCCUUAUUUUACAGAUGGGAAAACUGAGGCCUGGACAUAGGAAGAGACUUGCCCAAAGCCACUCUGAAUUAAUGGUAGAAUUGAGACUAGAAGACAGGCCUUCUGACUUAGUUCAAUAUUUUCUCCCCUGCACCACAUUGAGUAAUGGGGCUUUUUCCUAGGACUCUUAUUAACAAUGACAGAAAGCCAUUCCCUUCCAAUUAGUUUUCAGGAACCAUGCCAAGUUACUGUGGCGGUCUUUCUGCAGUGCAUGGUGGGUAGCUAAUUAACUAUCAGGUAUUGAGGCUGCCCCCAGUGGAUAUCACCUUUGGCUCAGUCACCUUGUAGAAGCUCAAGUGUGGAAAAGACACCCUAACCAAGCUGUAUCUUCGCCAUUGCAUCUACUCUUUGCUGCACACACUGUGCUUGCUCCUGGCUUUGUCUGCAAUGGCAGCUGCCUGAGAACCUAGAUUUCAGCAACAGUGAAAAACUGAGAUGAAAGAUGUAUAACAUAGAGAAGUGACUUCUCUCUUUAAAAAUACAGAGAGCCUGUGCUGCAAAGCCCUUUCAAUGGGAAAAGGCUGCAGUGGUAAUGGUAGACUCCUAAAGACUGCUACUAAAAGACAUGAGAAUUAUAUAGUUUUCCUGUGUAAAUCCUAAAUUCACCAAGGAGAUUGAGGGCACUUGCUUGAAAUCAACGUGCUCCAACUUAGUUUAAGGCUUCCAGACUCUAACUUUAUAUGUUGUCUCUUUUAAAGUGUGCAUGGAUGUGUGUUGUAGGGUUGAGAGGUGAGAAAAAGUGUAUAGUCAUACACAAGGGGAAGAAGGAGGGAGAUCCAUGUCCCUUUGCUGGAUAUAUGCUACAUAAAUAUGUGCCACUAAAUCUUUAUUGGUUCUGAAGCUUUCUGAAGUGUAUUGACAUUUGGCUUGCACACAACCCCACAUCUUCACUUACACUUCCUCUUCUAGAAUUGCUUUGCUCUAUUUUUGUAUAUAUAAAUAUGAUGAUGUUAUGAUGAUUAUUGUUAAUAUUAACGAUAUUGCUGCAAAUGGUGCCAUAUAUAAGAUUAGGCUUCUUAGAACAUUUAUAAACCCAAACCAAUACCUGUAACCUCUUCUGUUGCUUUUAGAUUCUUCAGUUUUAAGUACCUUGUUUUUGUCUUACAAGUCUGCCUGAUUAUACCUUAAACCUAUCUACCCCUAAAAAUUGUGCUUAGUCCUCUGGGUCAAGCUGAAUGGUGAUGAGUAGCAACAUACACUUCUCUCUGCUUCUGGCUGAAAUUUGCUUAGAACUCAGCUAUCUAAAGAUUCUCUGACACUAAUGUAUUGUUCUGGAGUUAAAGUUAUUAUAUGGAUGUUGCUUAUUAGUUUCAGGACCCAAAAUAAGUCCUUCUUUCUUGAUAACUCCUUGAUAUUCCAAUCUUGCAGUCCUUACUCAGGCAAACUGUGCACUGUCAGAGGGAGCCUGGGCUCUUUCAUACACCUGGAGGAGCUCUUCUCGGUGUAUUUCUAAAUGGUCUGACACUUGGUAGAAGAAACUGAAGGGUUGCUUGAGUGCAAUUGUGAUUUGCAAUCUGCUGCUGAGUCAGGGCUUUCACUUGUGUCCAAGUUGGCCUGAUAUGGACUGCAUCUGGUUUACGUAUAGAUGGGUCCUGUUGGGGUAUGCGCAUGGACGUGUGAAUGAGUGUGCUUAUGUAUCCCCUCUGUGAUUUCAUAUAUAUAUGUAAAUAUAUAUUCACACAUCUAUAUAUUUUAAUGUAUUGCACAUGUAUAUUUAAAAU